AUUCGACUUGCGGUCACUUGCCAGAUCAAACUGAUCAGUGAUCUGGUAUUGUGAGUUGACUAUCAUCAGUCGAAAAUUUCCCACAAUAUUCUACACAUUAAUAUUUUCGCCAACUGUUUUAUAAAUAAUAACAACCAUGUUUUCGUUUUAAUUUUCGCAGGCGUUGUACGUACUAAUUGCUGUUCACUAUUUACUAAUAUAGUUGCUGACAGGCGGAUGGCGUGACUGUGAUUUAUCGUACGAACAUCCGCAUUUUUGUUUCAGUCGCACGUGUUGGGUGACAGCCGUCCAUUAAUACCAUGGAGAAAGUCCCUAGCGAUUUGCUGGACAUUACAGUGGCCACAUGGACCGUCAACGACGUGUCCAAAUGGCUGGAAUUGCAGGGUUUCGGUACGGAUCUCCGCGAUCUCUUCUCCACGCAUGAAAUCGACGGCUACACACUGCUGCGCAUCAGCGAGAAUGAUCUUCGGCAGCCUCCUGUAUCUCUGGUGAAAUUGGGCACCAUUAAACAUCUGAUCGGGGCCAUCGCGGAUCUCAAACGCACCAUCAUCGCCAAGGUGGACGUCAGUAAGCCGGGGAUGCCCGUGGCGGAGGAGGACGCUGAGGGGCGGUUGGGGGGAGGGGGCGGCGCGUUGGGCCCGACUAAGACGGGCACGACGGACACGGUGUUGGCGCACCAGUUGGGAGUGAGUAGCGACGGGGGGCUGGAUACGUCGGAUAGCGAUACGGAGGAGACGGAGAGCCCCACCGCCAGUCAGGCGUCCCGUGGGCCGUCACUCAAGUUUCCUUCUCAGCAUCGCCGACUGCCGCCAUUGAAGCCCGAGAUUGGCAAAGCCGUGCUGGCGUUUGCAUAUUUCCUCAUAGUGACAGUUGUCACAUCCUUUGUAAUGGUUAUCGUACAUGAUCGUGUACCAGAUAUGGAAAAAUAUCCGCCGCUUCCUGAUUUUGUACUGGAUAAUGUGCCGCUGAUACCGUGGGCGUUUGAUCUGUGCGAGGUCGCUGGAUUUUUGUUGGCGGUUGUAUGGACUUUCGUACUGCUCUUCCAUAAAUACCGGUUCAUACUGUUGCGCCGAUUUUUUGUGUUGAUGGGAACCAUUUUCCUCCUGCGCAGCGUGUGUAUGUUGAUUACUUCCAUGUCUGUGCCUGGACGCCAUCUCAAGUGUGCUGGCAAGAACUUCGGAGAUCUGCCAACGAAAGUGCAGCAGGCUCUAGUCAUAGCGCGAGGAUUUGGAAUGUCCAUUCAAGGUGUUCGUACCUGCGGCGAUUAUAUGUUCAGUGGGCAUACCGUGGUUAUUACGGUUUUAAACCAUUUCAUUACAGAGUAUACUCCUAAGCGGCACCGCUUAAUCCACUUGUCUUCCUGGACAUUGAAUUUGUUCGGAAUGUUCUUCAUCCUUGCAGCGCACGAGCACUACUCGAUCGACGUGUUCAUUGCCUUCUACAUUUCUUCCCGUUUGUUUCUUUACUAUCACACGAUGGCCAACACGGACAUUCUCCGACGCCAUCCUCGUCGCGCUAAUCUAUACUUCCCGUUAUACGCUUUCUUUGAAGCGGAAGUCUACCGUGUUGUACCUAAUGAAUACGAAUGGCCGUUCAUGUUGUCGUGGCCAUAUGUCAAGUUCUUCCGGGAAGAGGAACAGAUUGUGGAUAAUAACGGGAAACCGAAAGGAUGCUAAUACAUCCACAAUGUAACCUGCACAGCUUAGUAUGGAGUUGUCAAGCUGGACGAAGAAUUUACUCGUGGUAGAAGUGGGCGCUUCUGCUUCCAACGACAGAUUAAUUUCCCUCGAGAUUUAAAGUAUCUCAUUGCAAAGUGUUUGCGAUUUACUCAUUGCAAGUAUUGACUAUGAUGAAUGCCCAAAGCGUGCUGA